CGCUGCCGUAAGACCCAUCGGGGCGUGUCUGGCUGCUGGCGACUAUGCCGGGAGGUUCUUUCGAGGAGUUAGACUCGAACUAUGGCGAUAAUGGGCGAAGCUUGGCAGCACUCUUGCUCCUAUACCCCUUGCCGGGGCUCGUCACGAUUGUGAAAGCUAUAUCUCUUCUGCAAGUGGACGUAGAGCCUAUGUGGCACGCAGUCUUCCGGUGGCUGCUGUGUCUUGUCUGUGAGGAACUUGAACAAAAUGGCAGACCUCUUAUAUGAAAACUACGGCUCAUGUUCAUGAUUUCUGUAUUGUAUGAGAGGGAGCAACGGGCUAGAUGACUUUCAGAGAAAAGAACCGUAC